UUGUAUAUCCAUAGACCAUGUUAAAACUACUUUUUGGUCUAGCCCUGCUAUUGGAUGGUUGCUCCAACCUUCAACUGGGUAAAAUCUUUGGAGGCGAAACCACUGCUGUGAAGAAGCAUUCAUUUCUGGUCAAUCUGCGACGUGGUGGCGCCUUCCGUUGCGGUGGCGUCCUAAUCUCGCCCAGCUGUGUGCUCACAGCGGCUCAUUGUUUGGAGGCACGACAUCAACAGCUCUGGGAUUUGACCAUACAUGCGCAGCAACAGUGCUUGGGUGACAGCAGCCCACCGGAGCAUGUGCGUCCGGCUUGGUAUGUGGGAGUGUCACCCGAUUACUGCCGUCAACGAGGACUGGACUCCGAUGUGGCGGUGAUCCGUUUGAGUCGCCCUUUCGACAUCGCUGGCAAUGCGAGUCUGGUGAAGAUCGACUUUAACGAUCUGCCACAUCAGGCCAAUCUCACGGUUCUGGGAUGGGGAGCCAUCAACGAUCAGGGUCACAACUGGAAUCAGUGUCUGCAGGAGGCGUACGUUGAGCUUCUUCCGCAGAAGCAGUGCAUCAAAUCAUUGGAAUGGGGUAGUCACCAACAAAAAGUCACGAACAAUAUGUUUUGUGCUCUUGGGGAAAAUGCCAAAGAUGCCUGUAAAGGUGAUUCCGGAGGACCCAUUAUCCACGCUGGACGCACUGCGGGCAUCGUUUCCUGGGGCUACGGUUGUGGCAGUGGCUACCCAGGGGUCUACACACGCCUCAGUAGUCCAGCGAUUACAUACUGGUUAAAGAGCUUCAUGGAGCGACAUUGCUGGUGAUCUCCACUGUAACUUCGAAACUUUAUGAACUUUUUUUUGUUGAAUUUUUAAAUUAUAAUUCAAAUAACACGUUCUUGAAAUUUCAAGUCGAUCCGAAAAAAAUUCACUGAGAUUAUGCUCAUAAAGAAAACAAUGU